UUUUUUUACAUUGUUGACUAUACAACCUCACAAACCAUGAAGGCGGUCGUCUUCCUCAUUCCGGCAGUACUCCUGUCAACAGCCAUGGCAUGGGGCAGAGAAGGCAGAGAAGGAAGAGAAUCUAUACCAACCAAGGCUUCAUAUGACCUUCACCAACCUGCCCCUAACCGUCGUUACGACUAUAAGCAGUCUCUCAAGAAACCAUUCAUGUACAAUGGAGCCAUUCCCUUCUGGGGUCACCAUGGCAACUCAUUUGUCGCGACCGAUUUUAUCCGACUUAACCCAUCAGUUCCUGGACUAAAAGGAUCCGCAUGGCGAUCAAAGCCAAACGAAUAUAAAGAAUGGGAAGUCGAGUUUUCGUUCAAAGCCUUUGGGCAGAGCCAUAUCGGUGGUAGAGGUCUUGCAUUCUGGUAUACACAAGAGCACGCGAUUGAAGGUCCAGUCUUUGGCAGUAAGGACCAGUGGAAGGGGCUGGGAGUUUUCAUGGAUACAAGUGAUCCGGCCAAUCAGAGAAGUAAUUCGGUCAUUUAUGGAAUUAUGAACGAUGGUACCAAGACCUUUCCGUCGAACCCUACAGCUAACACGAACAAUUUUGGGGGUUGUCUGCGUGAUUACAAAAACUCACCUUCGCCUGUUGUUGUCCGAGUCUCUUUUAUCGGUGGAACGUUAAAGGUGUCUGCAGAUACACACUCCAAAGGCAGAAAAAUGGUGAAUUGUUUCGAGCAGAAAAACGUGGACCUACCUACUGGAUACUACUUUGGUGUCUCGGCUCAAGGUGCAUUAGUUGGGACAGCGGAUGACCAUGAUUUGUACACAUUUGAGGUUUAUGAAGUCAAUCCUCCGCCAAAAGAGAAGGCGCCAAUGAGACCUCAUGAAGAAGAAAUGAUCAAAAAAGGCAGAAAGGUGAAGAUUGACGAGAAGGAUAAAGAGACAUUUGAAGAGGUUCAAAAGAUCGUGGAGCAACAGGAAGCAAGGCUGCGAGAGGACAGUGAUGGAGCCAACACACUCACAGCAGAGCAAAUCGCCCAAACUGUAGGAGAUACCCAACACCGCAUUAUCGAAUCUCUUAACACGAUCCAUAACAAGCUAGAGUCAUUGGGAGCACCAGUGCAGCCACUAGAGUCGACUUCUCAGAGCAUUGAUGAGAUUAAUACCAAGAUCAACUCAUUGGUGGCAUCGUUGCAUGCAAUGGAGAAAGUUGUGCAGGGACUUGUGGAACAUAUUAAGAAACAAGAUUCUAACAAAGCACCCGAUAUCGUCAGACUUGUCAAGGAAGAGAUCCGCACCUUGAAUUCCAAGAUGGAGGAUAUGGAUUCGAGACAAGCAUCCCAGCACCGUUUGACCCAGCAUAGAUUGGUGAAAUCGACCUCAUGGAUCUCAUAUGUUGUAUUUUUGAUCUUGAUCCAGAUCAUGGCUGUAUCAGUCUACACUUGGUAUAAGAAAAAGAUGUCAAUCAAUGAGAAGAAGUUUAUGUAAUAUAGCUAAAGACGAGAAGAAUCUUUUACGUUUUAAUUUUUCUAAUAAGAAAAAAGAAAAAAGAAAAACGCAUGAUAAAAGUUUUCAACAUAUUCUGG